AUGGUUAUGAAAGAGCAGCUAGACAGCAAGUUCGCUGUUAUACAAUAUGGGCAAGAGCAACUAGACAGCAAGUUUGUGGCUAUACAAAAACAAAUGAAGGAUGACCAACAACUGCUUUUAUUCGCCGUCAGCGAAAAGAGGGUAGCGCGCCUUGAAACAUUAAGUGUAGCAGCAGCUGGUUCUGGUGUAGUUGGCAUAGUACAUGCACCCAACGUGAAAGUACUCUCCGACGACGGCAGUACUUCAUGGAUUGCGUACUAUCAGCAAUUCCAGACUGUCACUACGGUAAAUGGUUGGACUGACAAACAGUGCCUGACUGCCCUCACUGUCGCCCUUAGGCGGGCAGGCGUUGACAGUUCUAGAGGCACUGCCUAG